AUGUCGUUGCCGGCCUCGGCAGGCUCCGGUGAUCCGUCGAUGCAGUCUCGCACUGGCAGGAGCAAGCAGCGCUACAACUCCAAGGGAGAGCGACUCGUCGCCGGCGUCGUGCCCCUCAGCUCCGAUCUCAACCACGUUCUCUUGAUACAGUCGACUCGCCGCAAGGGCUGGGUCCUGCCCAAGGGUGGAUGGGAGGAUGAUGAGUCGUGCCAGGAGGCCGCCACCCGUGAGGCUUGGGAGGAGGCCGGCAUCACCAUCAGCAUCGACUACGACCUGGGCACCAUCGACGAGAAACGGCCGCCCAAGUCGUCCAAGGACCGCUCUCGCUACUCCUUCUUCCAGGCCACCGUCCUGAGCGAGGUGGAGGACUGGCCCGAGAAGCACAAGCGGGAGCGCCAGUGGUUCACCUACACCCAAGCGCUGGAGGAGCUGUCGGCAAGACCGGAGCUUCAGGAAGCCCUGCGACGCUCGACCAUGAAUCAGUAG